CCUCAUUGUAAUUUUGUCAUUACGUUGACAAAUUAAUUUCGGGAUACGAAAAGGAGAUAUGAUUGUAGCUAUGGCACCAAAACCAACGCCCCAUGAAAUAUUGGCGAGAGUAGCUGAUCUGUUCCAAACAUUUGAAACUUCAGACGUGCAUGCUUUUGUGAUGUUUAUUGAUACCUCAUCAAUGACAGAUGUGAAGAGUUCUGGAACUAACCUCGGUGCAAAAUUUGUCCAAUCCAACCCUGACAUUGGAAAGGCGUUUGAGACGUUUUGUACCAAUUUGAAUACCUUAAAAGAAGAGGCUAACAUAUCUUCGCUAAAAGAAGAGGCUGACAUAUCUUCGCAACGCAGUGAUGUAGACAACGUGUUUGAUGGUUCUUUGUUGUCAAAUCCUAUAUUGGAGGUGAAAUCUGAAAUAGAAGAAGAAAAUCCAUAUGACUGUGAUGCAGAUGUUGAGACAGACAUUGAUGAAUCCGUGGAUGAAAUGGGUGACAGGACACUCAUCAUAAAGAAGGAAACCGCUUCUUGUUCUAACAUGCCGGAACAAGGUGAAGAUUCGGAUGAUGCUGGUACUUCAAAAAAGGGAAUGAAGACAAGAUGCGUUAAGAAAAAGAAAGAAAAGCUGUUUGCUAAUACCAAGGAUAGAUAUGGUGUUAGUAAAAUGCUAUCACAUCUUAGAAAGUCUGCAAUGAGACUGCCCUCAAAAGUGAACUGUCAUCUAUGUACAAAGUCUUUCACGACCAAGUUCUCUCUGACUCGCCACGUGAAACUGUGGCAUGCAUCCUGGUCCUGUGACAAGUGCAAGGAAGACUUUGGUAGCCGCCGGGCCUUCGUGUGUCACAUGAAGACAGCUCAUGCCAACGAACUUGAUGAACUCGGACUAACGAAGGCUAAACCCAACCCAUUGUUUAAUUGUGAAAUUUGCAACAUGGUGUUUCUGACCAAAUUUUCUGUUUCACGACACAAGCUGGUGAAGCACAAUCCUAAAGUCUUUGAGUGUGAAAUCUGUCAUGAAAAAUUCGCCUCAGACAAACUUCUCCGUGAACAUAACGAAGAUGUGCAUCUGAAGGUGUGGAGCUCAUGCAAGGAAUGUGGACAGACCUUCAGUAACAAGACCGAAUUUAGAUUUCAUAAAAAAGAGCAUCGAGUCGAGAAAGUGAUUGAUAAUCCGUUCAACAAAUGCCUCAUAUGCGAGAAGGAGUAUAGUUCAGCAAAAGAGUUGCGCAGACACACUAGUCGAGUUCACAGCAGCGCCAAGUAUCCCUGUCAUAGAUGUGGGAAAUGUUUUGGUCUGGUUGCUGACUUAAAAGUCCACGAAAAGUCACAUACGAACGAGUUCAAAUGUCAGUAUUGCUCAAAGGUGCUCAAGUCUGCCAAAAUUUUACGAGAUCAUGAAAAUGGACAUACAAAAGAGACUGUGUUUGUUUGCGACAUUUGUGGCAUUGAGUUUUACAAUAACACGUCGCUGGCUCAUCACCGAAAACGCCAUAUUUUCGGCAGCGCAUCCUUCAAGAAACCAAAGUCAAGAUGUCAGUAUUGUUCUGCAAUUUUUGAAUCCAGUUAUUACCUGUCCAAACAUUUACGAGACCAUCAUCUGGAAAGAGCUCUGGAGGAUAAAAGUGCGUAUAUAAAAAUGUGCGAAUUUUGUAAUAAGGUCUUCAUCAGUGAGAAGUUCCAAAAGCACCUAGAUAUGCACACCCAAACAAAACGUCACCAGUGUGGCGUGUGUUCUAAAGCCUUUGUGGACAAGAGCAAUCUAUUUACCCAUUGUGUAAAGGUGCACAAAAUGAAGAAACACCCGUGUCCUGUGUGCAAGCGGAUCUUCUGGGGUCCAGAUCAACUGAGCUUUCACACAGCAAUAGAACAUAAACAAGAAUAGCUUGGUCCGAUGAUGCAGUAUUUCUGGAUGCUGCAUACAUUCAAUUAAGUAGAUGGUCUCUGCUGUUUGUCUGGCUAAAAAUAUUUUAUUGCCCACACUUUCAAUGUCAAAUAAACAAUACUUUUUACAGUGCAAUUUAUAUACGAUCAUAUUGCCAUGCUUCACCCUCAUCUAUUAAUUUUAUGUAAGCCAGUGAGAAAUACAUUUUCCGCAAAAUGGUUUAGAUUUUUUUGUCAUCUACCGGUUUCACCGGAGGGGACUUAUGGUUUGCACUCUGUGUGUCAGUCCGUCCGUCAGUCACACUUUCCUGGAUCCUGCGAUAACUGUAAAAGUUCUUCAUAUUUUUUCAUGAAACUUGAAACAUGGAUAGAUGGCAUAAGGGACAUUAUGCACGUCAUUUCAUUUUGUUCCUACGUCAAAAAUUCUGGUUGCUAUGGCAACAAAUAAGAAAAAAUCAGACAAUGGUUGAGCCGUUAGGGGACAUAUAUUGCUUGGCACUAGUCUUGUUUUAAAUGAUUUUUUGGGGGGUAAGUUCACUGAUAAUUUCCUUUUUUAUUAUUCAAAUUCACAGAAUUCCAUGCUGGGAUUGUGUCAGAACAAUGUCCAUGUCAUUUGAAAUCAGUGCCAGAUUGACAUUAUUAACCCAUUUAUGCCUAUCGUCUAGAAAAAAGGCCUUGGCAAACAGCAUAGACCUAGAUGAGACGCCGCAUCAUGCGGCGUCUCAUCAGGGUCUGCGCUGUUGACUUAAAGGAAUUUCUGUAAGAAAUAUUCUAAAUAUAGAAAUAAAUAUACUAGACAUCCCUAAUUUUGGAAAUAAAUUGAUCCAACUUAGAAGAAUGGGAGAGUCCACUAGGCAUAAAUGGGUUAAUAUACAAGUUACACUCAAACAGACAUAGGAACUUCUUGAAAAAAUAUUUGGGAAGUGAAACACCAUCAAAUGAAAUGUGAUGUUUGAGGGACUUUGGGUACAGACAAUAGUUUGCUUUGACAGUAGUUUAUAAUAUACAGGUCAAUGUCUUACAAGUUUUUCCAAGUAUAUUGUAUAGUAUUUUAUAUACUAUGACAAGAAUUUUUGUUUCAACUACAAUGUUUACAUGAAAUUUUGUAAACAAAAACUCUAGUAUUCCAUGCUAGUAUACUUUUUUUCAGCUAAGUGUGAAGUGCUGAGGGGUGGGUAAAUAAAUUAAUUGACUUUUUGUCUUUGUUAUAUGUUAUUGAUGUGUAAUAAAUAAUAUAUAAAUAAUAUGCAAUGUUAAAAUUUGAAUGUAUCUGCAUACUCUGAGACAUUUGUAAAAAUAAUGAUUACUUGUUGUAUUAGAAUUAGUUGAUCUUUAUUUUAUUGUAAAAGAAAUGUCGAUCUGAAUGUUUUAAUCUAAGUGCCAAAGUUUGAGUUUUAAUUUUCAUAUGGCAUAUGCGAAGUUGUAUCAAAGAGUAUCAGUGCUAGAGCUUUCAGAGCUUAUUCUGUUCUGAAUGAAUGACCUUGAUCUUUGUGUGUAAGAUUAAAAAUUGUAACUCUGUAAAAUUAUUAAGUGUUGUUCUAAAUGUAUGCAAGUCUGAAUGUAUUGUUGUUGUUGUUUGUAACUAAUAUAUAUAAUAAAAUGCAUAUUUGAA